AUGGAUUUAGAUAUUCUGGAGUCAGCUCUCGACCAGGACAACUUUGAUCAAAGAAGUCCAUCGGAUGGAAAUCCAUCUACUCCCAGAGGGUCACUGAGCCAAUCAGUACUGGAAAUGGUCCCUUCUCGCUACUCGCCUGGGGCUAAUCCAGAGCUUGGGGAUGCUAGAAGUGAAUGUACUCAGAUCUUGUUGGAAACAGUCUCGAUGGAAUGGAGUCAGGGCGAGCGAGCAACAGGAGAGGAACCCAACCCCGACACUGGAUCUGUUCUUGGAAUUGCUGCUCAGGCAUCUAUCGAUCCUGCAGCACAGCGACGAUCUUCGUCAGAAACGAUAAUAUUGUCAGAAGAACGCCGUCCCUCCAGGUCUGAAGAACAAGAAGCUUUUCUCGGUGGCCUGAGGAGGGCCCAAGUGGAGCAAGAGGAGUUGGAAAAAAGGAUGGAGAGCGACGGGCUCAAUGAAGAGCUCAAUUUGCUCUAUCAUAAUCAAGCUUCACGCAGAGAUUUGCUUCAAUCAGGUCAAACUCAGGAUUUGUCACUGCUGACCUCUGCUAACCAGCAAUCGGAAGCAGCAUACAGAGAGACCGAGCAUAUCACAACAAAACCUGUCGACUCCAAUUGUCAAACGUCUACACAACCACUUAUCGAGAUCAAGUUCUGGUCACUCGAGCGAGGUCAGUGGAAUCAAUCUGACUGUCUCCUCGUAGACCCAUCCGACCCCUCACCCUUGGAGCGGCUCGCACGAAAGUACUCAUGCAAAGGAUAUACACUCUACGAUGGGAAUCUUAAGAGCCUUCGUCCAGCCCAUUGUUACCGCGCAGCAACAGCGGAUGAUACCAAUGUGAUCUUCUUGAUUUCCGCCCACGAAGAGAAAACCAUUGCGGCUACAGAAGGAAUAGGGAAGGAGGAGAAACUGAUUUCAAUGGCCGCUUGCAUUUUGGGACGUGCAGGAGAGCGAUGA